CUGUGACGUCACACGGUCACUCAUGUAACAGGCGUGCGGAUCGAUGGUCGUGUAAAGAUCGGAUAAACAGCGAUCAGACUGCAGAUAUGUCGUACUGCAAACAGGAAGGUAAAGAUCGCGUCAUCUUUGUGACUAAAGAAGAUCAUGAAGCACCCAGUAACGCUGAGCUUAUUGAAGAUGACCCUAAUGAUCCAUAUGAGGAUCAAGGUUUGAUCUUACCCAGUGGAGAAAUAAACUGGAACUGCCCGUGUCUGGGUGGCAUGGCGAGCGGCCCAUGCGGGCAGCAGUUCAAGGACGCCUUUUCUUGUUUCCACUAUAGCAAGGAGGAGGUCAAGGGGUCAGAUUGUGUGGAAAACUUCCGCAGUAUGCAGGAGUGUAUGCAGAAAUACCCUGAGCUCUACCCACAGGAGGAUGACAGCGAGAGCGCCCCCUCUGGCGGGGCUGAUUCUGCUCCCACAUCCACUUUCACUGACUCCGUCCCUUCAUCCUCUCCUGAUUCUGCAUUAGCAGCCACAGAAAACCCAGCAGCGAGCUAAUGUCAUCAAUGUUUGAUUCCCUACAAGCCGUUCCUCUUUGAUCACAGCAGAGAACGCUCCACAUCCGGAGGAAGCACUGAAACUUUUCCUCUUUGAGAGAUUCAAAUGACAUUAACAGCACUUGAGGAUCAAUGAUUUCAGAAUCUGUAUGAAGCCAAUAGUGAGUGUUUCAGAGUUUUGCAUCAUUAAACAUUAGACCACUUCAUCUGUAAUGCUCCUUUAAAUCAACACAGCUAAACUUGUUUUUCUUGUUGCGGCUGAAAGCCAUUUGACGUCUGUAUUUCAGAAGCUCACAGGAUGGGUUUACUCAAACUAUCAGGUCUAUAUCUAUUUCUGUGACCUUUUUUUUCCUUCUGUUUGUAAUGUGUGUUUGAAAAUGUUUCCUAAUGUUUCUGUACGAACAGUAGAGGUCGUGAGUGAGCAAACCAGCAGCUUCACCUGUAACACAUUAACUGAUGAAACAUGUAAUUCAGAAACAACACUGAAACAUUAGGUAAAUCUGUUGUACAGGAGCCUGGAUUUCUAGAUCAGUUCUUUCUUCAGCACACCUCGUUUGAUCAGGAUUUGUGAUAUUAGAUGUGUAACUAAUAUUAUGAAAACAGGCCUAGUCAACACAAGUGCAUGUGGCUUCAUUUAAUCAAUUCAUAUAGUUCAAUGAUCAUUUACAAAUCCGACUUUCUGUCUGCGUGUCCUAAUGUUUGCCAUUUAAAGCCUUAACAUGAUGAUUCUUGCUCUGAUAAAACAAGACACCUGGUGAUGUUUUCGGUUGUGAUUUAGUUGUUUCUAUAAGAAAGAAAAUACAGAUUCCAAAUGUGAUGUAUGAGGACUAGGUGCAUAAUUGCAUUUUUCCAAUAGUGUGACUUGUGUAGAAGCAUUUUUAAAUACACAUGAGAAAUGUUUGAGGUAAAAGUUUGAACUGAAGAAGCAAAUAAAAUACAGAAGUAUGAAUAAAUCA